UCAAAGCCCAACAAUCGUUUUACUCUCCCAUAUUCCCGUAUUAUAUUAUAAUGUCUGGUCGCGGUAAAGGUGGAAAAGUUAAGGGUAAGGCAAAGUCUCGUUCCAACCGAGCUGGAUUACAAUUUCCAGUUGGUCGUAUUCAUCGUUUAUUACGCAAAGGAAAUUAUGCUGAACGAGUUGGAGCUGGAGCACCCGUCUAUCUAGCCGCUGUUAUGGAAUAUCUAGCCGCCGAAGUUUUGGAAUUGGCCGGUAACGCAGCACGUGACAACAAGAAAACCAGAAUUAUUCCCAGACAUCUUCAGCUGGCAAUCAGAAACGACGAAGAGUUGAACAAAUUGCUAUCGGGAGUAACUAUCGCUCAAGGUGGUGUUUUACCGAAUAUCCAAGCCGUCCUCUUGCCAAAGAAGACAGAAAAGAAAUCAUAAAUACAAUCUGUAUGUGAAACGGCCCUUUUCAGGGCCACAAUAUUUCCUCAUUGAAAAGAUUUUUUUAUCAUCUGAUCACUUUGGGUAUAAU